CCAUGGCCGCAGUUCAAAUCCCAUCAAUGUGUUCAUUUUUGCCUAUUCUAGGGUUUCCUUCUCCCAAAUAGCCCCAAAUCAUAUUCUAUUUCUUCCCUGGGUUUCAACCUCCGGGGGGGCAUUCGAAUCGAAUUUCUGCCGUAAUUCUCUGAAUUGGGUGUUUUAUAAGCAAAAUGGAUGAUGGGGAGGUUGAAUUUUCCAACCAAGACAUGUUGUCGAGCCCUUGUAUUGGUGAUUUUCCAGACAGUGGUUCAAUGGGUAGCUUUUGGAAUGAUAUCCUGGGCGAUACACAUGCUUGCACUCAUACCCACACAUGCAACCCACCCGGGCCUGAUAACUCACACACACACACUUGUUACCAUGUUCACACCAAAAUAGUGCCUGCUCCGAGUGAGGAGGAUAAGGCACCCAGUGAUGACACUGCAGAAUCUGCAGACAAGAAAUCAAAGAAGCGGCCUUCCGGAAAUCGGGAAGCGGUCCGUAAGUACCGGGAGAAGAAGAAGGCCAGGGCUGCUUCGUUAGAGGAUGAAGUUGUCAGGUUAAGGGCUAUAAAUCAGCAACUACUGAAGAGGGUACAGGGGCAGGCAUUGCUGGAAGCUGAGGUUGCUAGGCUGAAGUGUUUGCUUGUUGAUAUUAGGGGAAGGAUUGAAGGUGAAAUUGGAUCGUUUCCGUAUCAGAAGCCGGUGAUGGCUAAUCAUACACUGCCUGGAUCUUAUGUUAUGAACCCCUGCAAUAUGCACUGUGAUGAUCAAGUUUAUUGCCUUCACCCUGGCUCCGAGGGCAAGAGCUCGGAGGGUGUGACGUUGAACACUCAAGACAUCAGUAAUUGUGAGUUUGAGAGUCUGCAGUGUUUGGGCAAUCAGUAUUCAGGUCUGAAUGAGAUUCCUGUUUGUGGGGUUGAGAACAGUAUGCCAACUCGCAAUACCUCUGGAAAGAUUAAGAAAAAAGCCAUGGCUCAAGCAGCGGCAAGUAGUUGAAGAGCGGGUAUAUCUGAGGCAUCCGUGAGCUUUGAAAGCUAUGGAUCUGUGAAGGGAUGUUACUCUUUGAAUGAACACUGGUCAAUGGGUUGGUUGCAGCAAGCACCUAGCGGACAUGAAUGACUGGAUGAAGCUACGGUGGCUUUGUUUUUCAUUCGAUCUUAUUAUUCUUAGGUGACAUGAUUCUUUAUGGACGAUGUUUUUUGUUCAUCACUUGGUCUUAUUAAUAAACUUAUGCUUGAUCA